GGCCCUCCCGUCCAGCAUCAUCGCAUCGCCUUGCACGGGGCAUCCAGACAUCAUCCAGACAUCAUUCCACCUCGUUGCCGUCCUGAGCACAAGCGCUACAUCGUCUGGCUUGCGCUGCGUGAGGUAAGGCUGUCUAGGAACCACACCUUCCAUCUAAUACACCCCCGUCUGGCCCAGCCCUCUGCGCAAAUACGAUCGCGACGGCGGCGACGACGACGACGACGACGACGACGACUCCCUCUACUCCAUCGCUACCAUAACCAACAAUGAUGUCCAAUCCUCCUCUGUCCGGCGUCGCUCGCCCGCGACAGCGACUACAUCGGCGUCAAAACUCGACUCCAUCCGCCUUCGAGGCUGUCAAGAUCGCUCCCUUGCCGACCUUCCCACAACAACAACAACAACAACAACAACAACAACAACAACAACGCCCGCACAUGUCCCAUCGACGAGGCCUCAGCCUGGAUACCAGGCGUCACCCUCUCAUGUCUUCAACGGUCACAACCACAUCCCAGCAAGACUACUCAUCCCUCGCCAGCACGACGGGCCCAGAUACGGGAAUACCCACGAGUCUGCCAGCGGCACCACAGGAUAUGCUAGCACAGCAGCAACACCAGGCGCACCUCAUAGCACGCCCUGCCUCUAGCCAAACCGACUACAGUGAUCUGUCGAGUGACAGCGGCGACUCGUUUCUACUAUCGCCCCAUGGCACACCACAUCAACGAAACCACUUCAUGGAUGGAUUGGCCUCGCAGGGCCCGAUACCCGAACUGUCCCUGUCCUACGAUACCUACAUGGAUUCCAACUUUGACGCCAUGAUGAAGAGGAACCAGGCCAACUAUGACAACAACAACAAUGUCAUGGCCUCAUCAUCGUCUGCCAACCCAAAUUUUGACUUCUUUGCCUCGGACACGGCGCUCUCUACUCCAAACUUUAUGAGCUUUCCGGACCAAAGCCCCGCGGGGACGGGACAAGGAGGCUGGAUAUCGGAGGGCGAGGCAUCCAACACCCAGUUGCGCCGAGCGUCAAGGCGGGUAAGCGGUGGAUUAAACAAUAGCCUCAUAGACAAAGUUGCAAAGUACGAGCCUAUGGCAAAUGGGCAGAGACCAGCAACACCUCCCACGCACAAUGCCGCCGGAUUCUAUCCCCCGACACCAAUGGAAACACCACACGAUCGCUUCAUGAAGCAACAAGCAACACAGCAGCAACAGCAACAGCAACAAACACUAAGGCCCAGCAGGUUUGCAGACGAUUACGACGAGUCGAUGGAGGAGACACUCAAACCUAUACGAGGGCACCGGAGCAAUCGCAACUCGGGCAUUUUCCAAGAACUGCGUCAGCAGGCGGAAGCUAUGGCUGCUGCUGCACCUGCAACGUCCCAAGCCGACAGCAUGCCCACGACAUUCCAAUCGCACGCGCUUCCUGCACCUCAAGACGAAGAUUUGUUGAGGAUCCACUCUGAGUUCAUCAAGUUGGAGCACGGGUUCACUUUCCCUGACAUGGGGUCGCAGAUGGGAUCGCAGAUGUCAGGACUUGGGGGGAUGAGCCCUUUCGACAACAAGCCAGACCUUGGACCGCCAUCAGAAUACGGCGAUGCCGAUCCGCAGGCCUCCAGUCGCCAGAGUUCAGUUUCUCCCUCACGCCGUGGCUCGCCGCACCGACGAACCGACUCGAUUGCCUCCAUUGCCAGCGCUGCCAGCAUUGCUAGCAUCAACAUCGAAGAGACCAAGACUGAAACAGGGGUGACUCUCGACGACAUUGCCCAGUACAUUGAAGGUCCCGACCCCGCAGACGGCAAAUGGGUAUGCACAUACGAAGACUGUCGAAAACGCUUUGGCCGCAAGGAAAACAUCAAGAGCCACGUACAAACGCACCUCAACGACAGGCAAUACCAAUGUCCAACCUGCAAAAAGUGCUUCGUGCGCCAACACGACCUCAAACGCCACGCCAAGAUCCACACGGGCAUCAAGCCAUACCCAUGCGAAUGCGGCAACAGCUUCGCGCGGCAUGAUGCACUCACACGGCAUCGGCAGCGUGGCAUGUGCGUCGGUGCUUUUGACGGCAUCGUGCGCAAGGUGGUCAAGCGUGGCCGACCACGGAAGAACAGGCCGGAUAUGGAAGAAAGAAAAGAUAAGAGCGAUCGCACGAGAGAUCGGUCACGGAGCCAUCAUUCCACCAGUAGCUCCGUCAGUAGCUUUUCUGGCUAUUCGGAUAGCUCGGUGCCCAACUCCCCCGGGAACGACUAUGAUCAUAUAAUCGACGAUGAACAGUUUCCUGGCUUGCUGGACAUGCCAAUGGGGAAUGUACCAAAUCUGCCGCCGAGCAUCGUAUCCGGCCAUGCGGGGCAUGGGCAUGGUGCGAUGCCCAGUUCAUCGACGAUGAACCCGGCUGCAGCCACUAUGUCGGUAUCGGCAGUGUCUUCAGCGCCAAUGCCGAGCUUCGAUCCGAGGGUUAAUGAAGUCAUGAACGUGGACUCGCCGGCAUCAAGAAAUUACGCCAAUUCCCCUUCGGCCGUGAGUAACUAUAGUCAUGCUAGCCAUCCGUCGAUAUCAAUUACCGAACAUAACGGACCGGGACCGGAUUUUGGGCUUCCAGGAUCGCACAAUGCUGCAUCGCCAGCCAAGAGCGCUGUGAGCCACUAUACGCCGCCAGAGCUAUCGAGUAGCUCGUCACCGCCUACGCAUACCCAGCAGCAACAAGGCAGUCAGGGACCGACGUACUAUGAUAUGGAUCCUAGCCAUGGUGGCAUGUCGAACAUUCCAGGUCCCGCCACAAGCAUGGGGAUGGGCGCGGCGGUCGGUCCCACAGACGUCGAUCCAACGAACAUGCUUCUGCAUGGGUAUGAGCAUCAAAUGGAUCAGAACAUGAUGCUCGGAAACUUGGACGGUAUGGCCAAAUUCGAGGUUAUGGAGGGGUACGAUCCAGCGGCGGAAGUGAAUAUGUUUGGGGAUGCCCACGAAGGGGAUGGGAGUGGUCACGGUGGGGGUAAUAUGUACUUUGGGUCGUGAGAUGAGUGAGCCAGAAGUGGUGGCUUUGGGUUGAUGAUUCUUUUGCAUCUUUGUUUAUGGUUUGGGUUUUUGUUUGCGCUUUUUUGUUCUCUUUUGGGUUCACUUCGUUUGGAAAGGCUAACUUAAUGACUGGACAUCUACCUACCCUCUUCUGAUCGGUAGAAGAGGCCUAAUGCACACCGCAGGUUAUUAAUGGGAUGGCAACAAGCGCCAGACCGGCGACGGUCCAAGGCGCCUUGGGGGGCUUU